CGCGGGCGCCGUCCGCCAAGUGUGCCGCCAAGUUGGGGAGCUCGCGCUGCCGGCCGCGGCCCGGGGCUCUCCCCCACCCCGGCCCCCGUGCCCCCGUCCCCUUCACCACCGAGUCCCGCGGUGCCUGAGGCGGCGAGCCGGCCGAGGGAAGUGUCCACUCGCCUUCCACCAGCAUGGCGACACCCUCCCAAUAUCGUCAGCUGCUGAGUGACUACGGGCCACCAUCACUAGGCUACACCCAGGGAACUGGAAAUAGCCAGGUGCCUCAGAGUAAAUAUGCAGAGCUGCUGGCCAUCAUUGAGGAGUUGGGGAAAGAGAUCAGACCCACGUAUGCGGGGAGCAAGAGCGCCAUGGAGAGACUAAAACGAGGCAUCAUUCAUGCCCGGAGCCUGGUUCGGGAGUGCUUGGCUGAAACGGAACGGAAUGCCAGGUCCUAGCCCCUGGCCAAUGUGAAGGCCCAUCUCGAUACCCCAUGGAGAUGAGAGGCUUUGUUCAAGAUGGCAGUAGCUUUCCUGCCUUGGUCAUAAGCUCUGAACCCACAUUCAGAAGAUUGGAAGACAUUUUGCAGUUACUGAUGAUGUGCAUUUUAAGUAGUUAGGAACGAUCCAGCUUUUUUUUUUUUUCCAAGCAUUGAUUUGAAGGAUGUUUGUGAAGUCACUUCACAGCAAGCUAUUGUUUGCCCCCAAAUACCGUGUCCCCUUUAACCUCCCUUUGGAUACACCUGCCACUUGCAUCAGCCCAGUUGACUUCCUGUCCAUGAGCUCACCUGCCUCUGUGGACCUGAGUGCAAACCACAGCGUGUUUGCUUCGUAGCUGACCGGCCUGUGUACAGCGUAGACCCUGCUUCACGAGCUUCUCUGCUUAAGCGUUUGCAUGACUGAGUGCUUUGAACUCAAAAGUGCACAAGUUAUAAAUACAGAAGAAAGAGCAAUCUACCCAACCUACAAGCACCCUGCAAAUGUCCGCCCUGAGACUGUAGAUCUCAGUUCCGUGUUUACUGUGAGCCGAUCACAACAUCCAGAAGAAAAUGACUGAAACCUGCAUCUUUGUAUUUAUUACUUGAUGUAAUAAAGCUUAUUUUCAUUAACAGUUUGUAUUAA